UGUCUGAACAAGGCCUGGACUGGGACAAAGCUCGCAAGUGUGCUGGGGCUUGCAGGACUUCGCUCAAGAGAGCUAACUGGAGUUCCUGCUUGGGAUUCUUUGACUCUUCGUCAUCAGUAGUGGACGCGGGGAGUGGCGCCUUGCAGGCCCCAAGGAGAAUAGGAUAUUCACUCUGGAAGGGGAGUGUGAAAAGUCAGCACUGCAAGUUGCAGAAUAUCAACAUGACGUCAGCAUGCUGGACACUGAGAGCAUGUACAGGAAGAAGUUGGUGUCAAGGACGAAGGCUUUUUAUAGAGCAGAGGAGUGGGUUCAGAAAGGCUCCUAGGAAUCCUGAAAAAGGAGAGUCUGAAAUUCGAGGUGGCCCUGAGACUUUUAAAAGCAGCUUUACACCACCGUUGGCAGAACCUUUAUCCCCAACACGUUCCUACAUUCUGAAAAAAUUAUACAAACCUUUCUUCUUCACUGUGGGGUUUUCAGGUUGUUCUUUUGGCGUUGCUGCUAUUUGGCAAUAUGAGUCUCUAAAAUAUCGAAUGAGGAAUUAUCUGGAUGAUAUUCGAGCAGAUUGGUUGGAGAAGCUACGACCACAAAAGCAAGGUGAAUUUCGUAAGCAGGUGAAUGAAUGGUGGAACAGUCUCACUGAUGGACAAAGAACUGUAUCUGGUAUUAUUGCAGCCAAUAUGCUGGUGUUCUGCCUAUGGAGAGUUCCCUCUCUGCAAUGCACAAUGAUUCGAUAUUUCACGUCUAACCCUGCCUCUAAGUCCCUCUGCCUACCAAUGAUUCUUUCCACUUUCAGUCACUUCUCACUUUUCCAUAUGGCAGCCAAUAUGUAUGUAUUGUGGAGCUUCUCCUCAAGCAUUGUCUCCAUGAUGGGCUCAGAGCAGUUUCUGGCUGUAUAUAUGUCUGCAGGCGUGAUAUCUACAUUCGCAAGCUAUGUUAGCAAAGCAGCCACAGGACGCUUUGGUCCAUCUUUAGGAGCCUCUGGUGCAAUAAUGACUGUUCUAGCUGCUGUGUGUACCAAGAUGCCUGAAGCCAAGCUGGCCAUUAUUUUCCUGCCCAUGUUCACAUUCACUGCAGGCAAUGCUCUCAAGGUCAUUCUUGCUCUGGACUCUACGGGUUUAGUUUUAGGAUGGAAGUUUUUUGAUCACGCUGCACAUCUUGGUGGUGCUCUGUUUGGAAUAUGGUAUGCUCUGUAUGGUCAUGAAUUUAUCUGGAAAAAGAGGGAACCAUUGGUGAGAAUGUGGCAUGAAUUUCGUAGUGGACCUCCAAGGAGUGGUGCAUCUUGACACUGUAAAUCCAGAUUCUUCUAAACAGUGAUGAUUUGCAAGAUUUAUGAGAUUUAUGUAAUAAAAUCUUUAGAGACUUUGUGUGUGAGAAAUU